AUGUUUGCAGAAUUCCUCUUCUUCUUCAUUUUUGCGACUAUCUAUUUUACAUAUAAACGAUGGUCGCGCAUCUCUAUUUCUCACAUUCCCGGUCCUGUAUCCGAAUCAUUCUUAUACGGAAACUUGCCGGAGCUUCUACAGGCACAAGCUGGCGAGGUCGACUUCAAAUGGCAGGCGAUGUACGGAGAUGUCUUCCGCGUACGUGCGCCUUUGGGAGAAGACCGUCUCUUCAUCUCAGAUCCUAAAGCGCUUCAAUAUAUCUAUCACACGGCGAGUUAUAGGUUCCCUAAAGUAACCGGCCGGCGUCAUCUAUCACAAUUAUUGGUUGGUCCAGGACUCACGGCUGUGGAUGGCGAUGACCAUAAACGUCAACGAAAAGUCAUGCUCCCUGGAUUCGGUGGCCCAGAAUCUAAAUCAUUCUUCCCAAUAUUCUUCGCAUGCGCUGAGAAGAUGGCCCAAAAGUGGACAGAACUCAUGGAACUGAGCAGUGACCAGUCAAUCGUUGUCAAUGUAACACCUUGGAUUUCUCGUGCGGCUUUAGAUGCUAUCGGUGAAGCCGCAUUUGAUUACCAAUUUGGAGCCCUGGAUAGUCUGGAUAACCCCCUCACGAAGGCCUACACCAAUUUGAUGUUCGACACUUUCGGUCUGCCAACGAAACCCGCUAUCCUGUCCCUCUCUAUCAUGGAUAACCUCCCAUACGACCUCGCAGGAUUUAUCAUGGACAAUUCCAGAUCAGCACGUCUCGCUCACGCACAGAAGACGAAUAAAUGGUCCACCGUAGUUGCGAAAGACCUUGUCACGGAGAAGUCUAAAGCUCUACUCGAGGGGGACGGUCGCAGGGAUAUCAUGAGCAUGCUGGUCAAAGCCAAUGCUUCUGAGAAUCCCAAAAAACGAUUAGACCAAAAGGAGUUACUAGCUCAGAUGAAUACAAUCAUCCUUGCGGGUCACGAAACGACAGCCAACUCCAUAUCCUUCGCGCUUCUGGAGAUGUGCAGAAAACCGGAAAUGCAAGAGAGACUCCGUAAAGAAAUACGCGCCACGGAGCGGGUUGUCCGCGAACGUGGUGGUAGCAGCUUCUUGCCAUCUGAUUUCGAGUCGAUGCCUUACCUUUCGGCGAUGGUAAAGGAGACAUUCCGCUACCAUCCCGUAGUGUAUAAUAUUUUCAGAUAUGCCCACCAGGAUGAUCUGCUUCCGUUGAGCACACCUGUCACCACUACUUCGGGGAAAGUCUUGCAGGAGCUACCGAUCCCGAAAGGGACCCAGAUCAUUGCUUCUAUUGCGGCGUACAACAGAAACAAGGAAAUUUUCGGUGACGACGCGGAUAUCUUCAAUCCGGAUCGAUGGUUGCGUGAUACGGUUCCGAACACGAAGUCAGCUUUGGGUGUUUAUGCGAGCCUGUUUACAUUUUCCGGUGGUUCGCGAUCAUGCAUUGGGUGGAGAUUCGCCGUUAUGGAAUUACACGCAUUCAUGAUUGAGCUUUUAGGAACCUUUGAGUUCUCGCUGGACGACAAUGAAGAGGUUAGGAGGGAGUCGUCAUUUGUUAUGACUCCGACGGUUGAAGGACAGAUUGAGAAAGGCUCUCAGCUACGUUUGAAGGUUAAAUUGGCAGCGAGGGAUGAAUAA